AACAAUAGUUGUAAACUGCGCGGUGCCCUGCUGGGGACCGGUUCUGCCAGGGACGGCGGGUGUGUAGUAGGAGCGGCAGUCAGUCUCGCGUUAGCCGCAUGCAUGAGAGGGGCUACAGGGAGGCUGCUCCUGCCACCAGGUUUUCCUACAGUGGAUGGGGCUUUGUGUGCGAAUUCUGGUAAUAGUUAUUCCGCAUAUUGCCACUGACAAAUACAGUGCAAAGAAUCAAAGUAGGAAGUCGAUCGCCCAGUACGUCUAGUUUGUUUAUUGGCAAGUCCAGUUAGCAUUAUUGGCAAGUGACUGGUUGUUCGUGGAGUGUCAUCGUUCCAGACCUACAGCGAAAAUAUGGGCGUAUUUAAUGAAGCUACGAAGAUGGCGACAAUGAGCGUGGCCUUGUUGGUGAUGUUUACGAUGACAGUGGCGUCUCCUUCAAGCACGCGCCGUCCAGAGCCUUCCUCUCCACCCAGUACCAUCAGUAAUAGUGUAAUGCAGCAGACAUCAACUACUACUAUCACUCCAGGCCCAGCCGCCGCUCAAGGAGUCGGCACAGCUUCGGGAGCCGGGGAUGGCGCGGCACCACUCGAAGUGACGACGAAGACCCCACCCUCGAGGGUGAUGAACAUGGCGGCAGGCCAGCUGGUCAAGUGCCACUGUGGACCCGAGGAAGUACUCACAGCGGCAGGGUGCCGGCCAUAUCCAGAAGGCACUUCCAUUGACGGAGAGGGACGAGAGGAUUUUCAUGGUCCGCACGUUGUCCCGAAAUCUGUAACUGAUCUGAAUGUUAUCGUGCAAGAUCUGAGCUGCGACGUAGAGGAUGACCAUCGACAAAUGAACUUCACAAAGGGACAGUUUUUCCUUCGGGAUCGUGGGGACAUAGUGCUCACGGAUGAUGCUGGUUAUCUGAGUGGUCUCCGCAUUGAAAACUACUGCGUCAGCCAUCUUCUGGAUGACCAAAAGCGUCUCACGUGGAUGAUGAAGGGAUGCAUUCCCCCACCUUCUAUACCGCGUUGUUGCCCUGAAGGCCAGACCUUCAGUAGUGGGGUUUGUAGUCCAGCUCGAUCCCCCCAUCUGCUGAUACCGCCACUCUCCGCCGGACUUGAUAAGAGUAGCGUCAUGUGGCCGGUUGUCAGGAACCACCACAAUCCCAUCAGCUGUACUGCAGAUCCUCUGAAAACACUCCCAGUUGGUUCUAUAGACUCUUAUUUAAUGUCACUUCCCCAUGGUGUCAUACACGUUUGGAAUUUACCUAAUGAAUUAGUGAAAAAAAAAUACACCUUUACUCCAGACUUUUGCGUGGAUCAACAGCAUAAUGUGGACGGAUCUCUUACCUAUACUGCUAAUUUGUGUUACUCUGACCCAAGGGAGAAACACCACAAAAUUUGUAAAGGUAACAUUUGUGUGCGCAAGUGUUGUAAUGAUAACCAGAUAAUGGACUUUUCCAUCCAUAGAUGCAUUGACUACAGUAAUGUAACCUUCAAAUCACCCUUCACUACUACGCUGUCGUAUAAGAUAGUGAAAGGAAUGCCGCUCUGUAAACCUCAAACUCUUGUGAAUAACUUUACCUUGGAUAACAAGGGAAACCUGAUAUACAAAAGUAGAGUUUUUCCUCCCACUGACUACUGCCUAGAUACAUUCCACAAUGCUCAAGGCAAUUUACAGAACAGCGCUUUAGCUUGUCUGACUAGUCUUUCAAAAUGGGACCAAGCCCGUCUUAUAGUGUUUCCAGCAUGUCAGGUGAUCUCCCUGCUGUCCAUGUCCCUGACAGUGGCGUGUUACUGCAAGAUACCGGAGCUGCUGAAGAACGGCGGCUGGUACCAGCUGUGGCACGUACUCUCCCUCAUGCUAGCCUACUCCUCCAACCUUACCCAGCGGAUCACUAAUAAAUAUAUGAACGAUUUAGCCUGCGUUGUUAUGGCACUACUUAUGCAGUUUGGAUAUCUUGCCACUUUCUUCUGGCUAAGUGUUCUCUGCUUUGAAGUUUGGAGAAAGGUUAGGAGCCUGAGCAGAUAUCUCCCUCCAACAGUCGUGGCAGUUUGGGUCUACCCGCUUUAUGCCUUUGGAGGCCCAUCGCUGAUUGGAAUCAUUACAAUAUGUAUGCAGUUCCUGGCACCAGAUAAUGUACCAGGCCUUCAUAAACCCUACAUUGGUGAGGCAAGAUGUUGGUUCAUAGGUGACCUGGAGCUUUUCUUGUAUUUCUAUGGCCCCAUAGCAUUUUUAUUUGCCUGUAACAUUUUCUUCAUCGGACAUACAUAUUGGAACUAUAAAACAUUUGAAGCCAAUUCAGCAGUGUUGAGAAACUUUAGCAUUGAUAAAUCCGGCACUAAUGCUACAGUGCAGACUUCCUUGGACCAAGUACACCGAAGACGAGACUAUAUAUCUGACUUCAAGCAACAGUUCUCUUUGUUGGUACUGAUGUCAAUAUGCUGGAUUACUGAGAUUCUCUCCUGGAAGAUUCCUCCAGACGAGAUGUGGGCAGUAACUGAUAUCUUGAAUACACUCCAAGGCUUCAUUAUCCUUCUGAUCUUUUUGGCAAAUAAAAGUAAGCGCAAGCAUCUCAAGAAAAAGUAUCCGGGGCCUUUUGUGGCUGCAAACCACCUAAAAAUGUUUUUCAAAAAAUGCGGAUCAUUUCUGUUCUGUAGUAAUGAAAACUCCAGACUUCCUUCGCAGGUGUGUUCAAUUAAUUCCAAAGUUAGUAGAAAAAUAUCAACUUCAUCUAUAGUUUCAAGUAUUUCCACAUUGACUUCUACACUGAAGUCAACCUCCUCAUCAUUUCACGUAACUUCGCCUGAUAAAAGUGAUCCCAAGAGACAUCCAUCUGUCAGUGAAUCAGAGGAUGGCAUUCUUACUCUUUCCCACUCGCCUCUGUGCUCAUUGUCCAGCAAUGGCAGUGAAACGUCUCUCUGAAGAGACGAACUCUGAAGAGUUCCCCUCCAUAUUACUUACAAAUAGCAAGCCGAGAUUGAAAGGUACGAAGGAGACCAAAUGCUGGUGCUUUUGGGCAUAACAUAGGCUACGUUUAGCAAAUGUAUUUAAACAGUCAUAUGGAUUUGCAUAUACAUUACUGUAUCUUAAAUUAUUGGCAGGUUUUUUUUACUGUUUAAGGUCAUUGUAGUGUGUAAAUCCCGAGUGUUACUAUUUUAAAACUGCAAAACAUAGGAACAUCUUACAAUUUAAUUGUUAAGACGGUUUUACAAAAAAAAAAUCGGAUUUGUUAAAAUGUUUAUUAGUAAAAAAUAGGGAAUAUAUUUGUUAUGGUAUAUCAUCUUGAUAUAAUCUCUCGUUAAUUAUAGCACUUGCACCCUGUGCUGGUAUACCUCUUGAGCCUCAUGUUCAUGCUUCAUGUUCUUCAUAACGCUUCAUGUUCAUACUUAUUUCUCAGCUUGUGUUUAUUUUGUGUAAUUGAAAUUUAUUUGAUCUCUGCUUAUUUUUCUCAUGCAAAACUGUUUACUGUUUUUACUUAAACGUAAGCUUCAAGCACUGAAAAUGUUAGUUAAAAUAAUGAUGGAAUAAUGUCAGAAAUGAACUGAUAUAAUCCAUCAUAAGGAUAUAAUCUUUAGUCACGCUGUCAAAGUGGUUCUUCAAGUUAACAUGUGAGACAGAGUUUGGAUAGUUCCGAAUUAUUAACUGAUGAGUCGUACUUUACACAGUGAAGUCGGUUCACAACUUAAAUAUGUGCUUGUAGUAUAGGAAUCUACAUACUCGACUCACGGUAGAGGGACCCAGUUUCAAUCUUCGGUCAGGACAGAAACGGUUGGGCACGUUUCUUUUCACCAGAUGUUUCUGUUCACCUAGCAGUAAAUAGGUGCCCGGGCUAGUCAAAAGUUGUAGGUUUCAUCCUGCUGAAGGUCAGUGACCUAGGGCAGGGAGGAAGGGACCUAGACAAGCCUAACAUCCUUCCUGUCCCUAACAAUGGGAAAUCAAUUGUACAAAUUAUAAUUAUUAUGUAUGUGUUUAAUGAUUAUUCAUGUACCGGUAUAUAAGAAAGUUUUAUAAGUAACAUAAACAAAUCCACAAGGGCCGUGACGAGGGUUCGAACCUCGUCACAGCCCUUGUGGAUUUGUUCAUUUGAUGCAUCACGCUAUUGUGUUUUCUGUUUGUAAAGUAACAUGAAGUUAUUUGUUUCAUAUUGUAUGUAUUGCACAUUGUUGGUAUUGGUAUUGUAUCUAUGAUACAAUUAUGUAUUGUAUCUGUAUGAUACAAUUAUGUAUUGUAUCUGUAUGAUACAAUUAUGUAUUGUAUCCUAUUUAAUACAUUGAAUAUAUUCAUAAAGCAGUGCACUUUAAAAAGAGUGUUUUGCUAAUUAUGUUAUAUUUAAUUGAACUAGAUGACAAUCUUGCAACUUCAAAAUAAAUAAAUAAUAAUGUAA